AUGGCAACCGAAAAAGAUCACACCGACUUGAAUAUAGCCAGCGUGGCUUCCGACAGCUCCAGAGUACUGGAUACUUUGAGAGUUGUUGCUUCCCAACCAAUGUCAAUCAGUGAGGUUGCCGAGGGGUUCACGCCAGCACAAAAAGAUUACAUUUUGAAGAAGCUUAACUUUGAUACAUUGGUGUCUUUCGAUGAGCUUCCCGUUUCUGUUUCCUACAUGAUGGAGAAAAUCGACCACUUGUCAGUACCCGAUGCGGUUGGGAUUCUUGAGGAAUUUGCUGCCCAACAUUCUGACGAUGUCAACAUCAAGACCGAUGAUUUCGAGUUCAUCGAGAGGUUGCUUGCUUCUGCGCCCACCUCCCCCACCAACGCUAUUGACGCUGUCUUUGACGAGAAAAAUGACUCUAAUGAAAAGACCGUUCAGGAAAGAGAAUGGAAUGACUCGGAAUAUGGAGAAUAUGACAUUUUUGACUGGGCUUUGCAGGUGAAGACCGAGGCCGGUAUCAUCGAGUUCCACUCUGCUUACCCCGAGGUUAGAGCCGUGACCGAACCAUACGACGAUGUGGAGUUGCCUGUUGAAACUCUUAGAGUCUACAUUGUGGGCAUCAUUUGGACCUGUAUCGGUGCUUUCAUCAAUGAGUUUUUCUUGGAAAGACAACCUUCGAUUUCCUUGUCUGCUGCCGUGGUGCAGAUUUUCCUCUACCCAAGUGGUACGUUUUUGGCUUGGGUUUUGCCAAAGCGCAAGAUCAAAAUUUGGAAGUGGUCAAUUGAUUUGAACCCUGGACCUUGGAACCACAAGGAACAGAUGUUGGCAACCUUGUUCUACUCGGUCUCAGGUGGCACACCUUAUGUUUCUUACAAUAUCCCCGUCAUCAAGAUGGACAAAUACUACGGAAUCAAGUGGGCCGAUUGGGGAUACCAAAUCUUGUUGAUUUUGUCCACCCAGUUUAUGGGUUUCGGUUUUGCUGGUAUCAUGAGAAAGUUUGCCGUGUACCCUACACGUUCUAUUUGGCCAAGUAUCUUGCCUACUCUUGCUUUAAACAAAGCCUUGGUGCAAAAAGAACCAAAGGAAAACAUCAACGGCUGGAAGAUCUCAAGAUACAACUUCUUUCUUGUGGCUUUCAUUGGGUCCUUUGUGUACUUCUGGUUGCCCGACUACCUUUUUGAGGCAUUGUCCUACUUCAACUGGAUGACCUGGAUUGCUCCAAACAAUGCAACCUUAGCUGUCAUCACAGGUUCCAUUGGUGGCUUGGGUCUCAACCCAAUCACGACCUUUGACUGGAACAUCAUUUCCUUCAACUCCGCAUUGAUUAUCCCAUUCUACUCCCAACUCAAUCAGUACAUUGGGUCUAUCAUUGCAUUUUUCUGCAUUAUUGGUGUUUGGUACUCGAACUACAAGUGGACUGGAUACUUGCCAAUCAACUCUAACAGUUUGUUUACCAACACUGGAGACUAUUACUCGGUGUCGACUAUUCUUGAUGAAAACAAUUUGAUGGAUCAGGCUAAGUACGAAGAGUAUGGUCCUCCAUUCUACACUGCUGCCAACUUAGUUCUUUAUGGUUCAUUCUUUGCUAUCUACCCUUUCACUGUCCUUUACGUUGGCUUGACCCAAUGGUCUCAUAUCAAGUUUGCUUUUGGAGGCCUUUGGGGUGCGAUCAGAAACUUCAGAAAGUCUACUUUCGACGGAUACCACGAUGCUUACUCGAGGUCUAUGCGUAACUACAAAGAGGUCCCAGAAUGGUGCUUCUUGAUUGUGUUGGUGAUCUCCAUUGUGCUUGCAAUUAUUUGCGUGGAGGUGUACCCAAUGGAGACUCCAGUUUGGAGUGUCUUCUUCGCUGUUGGAAUCAACUUUGUUUUCUUGAUCCCACUUACUCUUGUAUACUCCAUCACAGGUUUCAGUUUUGGACUUAACGUUUUGGUUGAGUUGAUUGUUGGUUAUGCUUUGCCUGGUAACGGUAUGGCUUUGAUGUUCAUCAAGGCAUUGGGCUACAACAUUGAUGGUCAAGCCCAAAACUAUAUCACUGAUCAGAAGAUGGCCCACUACGUCAGAAUUCCCCCCAGAGCUUUGUUCAGAUCUCAAAUUCUCUCUACGCUCAUCAGUUGCUUUAUCAGUUUGGCUGUUAUCAACUUUACCAUUGACAACAUCGAAAACUAUUGCGAGACAGGUCAGGCCCAAAAGUUCACUUGUCCAAGUGCCACCACCUUCUACUCCUCCUCGGUCUUCUGGGGUGUUAUUGGUCCUAAGAAGGUCUUCUCGGGUCUUUACCCUAUUUUGAAAUGGUGUUUCUUCAUUGGUUUCUUGCUUGCCCCUGUUGCCUUCUUGGUGAAGCGGUACUUGAGACAAUACAAGGUUGUGAAAUACUUUGAGCCGGUCUUGAUUAUUGGUGGGUUCUUGAUUUACGCACCAUACAAUUUGUCCUACAUCACUCCAGGAUUCAUUGCCUCCUUCUUCUUUAUGUACGUGAUCAGAGACAGAUAUCUUAACUGGUUCAAGAAGUACACCUUCUUGUUGUCUGGUGCUUUGACUGCUGGUGUUGCUUUCAGCAGUAUCAUCAUUUUCUUUGCCGUGCAAUAUCACGAUAAGUCUAUCGAUUGGUGGGGAAACAGUGUCUCGUAUUCUGGUCUCGAUGCAAGCGGCUUUUCUAAUUUGGACCCUAGCACUGCUCCGGACGGAUACUUUGGUCCAAGAGCCGGCAACUACCCAUAG